UGUCCGCGCUCCGCGCUCCCGCGGGCUGUGAGCCUGAGCCGCGCCGGCCGCUUUGUCCCAGGAAAUGCGCCGCGGCUUUGUCGUCUUCACUCCGUUUUCACUUCCAAGAAAGACUCGUGAAGACUUCCGAAACGCCUUCGAGGGUCUUGAUUGAGGAUACAAAACACACACCAGCUGCAAAGAAACCCUUGAAGGGUUUUGUGCGAGUUUGAUUUUGUGUGUGUGCGCGCGCGUGUGCUUUUUUUUUCUUUGCUCUUUUCUUCCUUUUUUUUUUUUUUUUUUUUUUUGACUUUUACAUACUUUGUUUUGAUCAUCCGAGGCUGGGCCUCCCCCCGUCUUUGUGAGGUUUAAGAGAAAGCCAGGAGCUACUCGGCAGCAACCGAUCUUUGAAACCUACUUUUUCGGGGCGAAAGCGAAGAGCUGGUUUUCUGUGCUAGCCCAAUAAAUGCUAUUUAUGAAGAUGGACCUGUUGAACUACCAGUACUUGGACAAGAUGAACAACAAUAUCGGCAUUCUGUGCUACGAAGGUGAAGCUGCUCUCCGGGGAGAACCCAGGAUGCAGACCCUCCCUGUGGCGUCUCCCCUCACCAGUCACCGCACAGGCCCCCCGCCCAUCAGUCCCAGCAAGAGGAAGUUCAGCGUGGAGCAAGGGGACGAUGGCCUGGACUGUGAAAAUGACCAUGCUUCCAAGAUGAGUCGCAUCUUCAACCCCCAUCUGAACAAGACUGCCAAUGGGGACUGCCGGAAAGACCCCCGGGAGCGCAGCCGCAGCCCCAUCGAGCGUGCCGCGGCCCCCGCCGUGAGCCUGCACGGCAGCCACCUGUACGCGUCCCUCCCCAGCCUGAGCAUGGAGCAGCCCCUGGCGCUGACCAAGAACAGCAUGGACCCCGGCAGACCGGCCGGCCUCUCGCCCACGCUGACCCCCGCGGAGCGGCAGCAGAACCGGCCUUCGGUGAUCACGUGCGCCUCCGCCAGCGCCCGCAACUGCAACCUCUCGCACUGCCCCAUCGCGCACAGCGGCUGCGCGGCGGCCGGGCCGGCCAGCUACCGGAGGGCGCCGAGCUCCACCACCACCUGCGACCCCGUGGUGGAGGAGCACUUCCGCAGGAGCCUGGGCAAGAACUACAAGGAGCCCGAGCCGGCGCCCAACUCGGUGUCCAUCACGGGCUCCGUGGACGACCACUUCGCCAAAGCCCUGGGUGACACGUGGCUGCAGAUCAAGGCGGCCAAGGACGGCGCCUCCGGCAGCCCCGAGUCAGCCUCGCGCAGGGGCCGGCCGGCCAGCCCCUCGGCGCACAUGGUCAGCCACAGCCACUCGCCCUCCGUGCUCUCGUGAAGGGAGGCGCCCGCGAACAGGAUGUCAGUCUGCAUGGUUUGCCUGAGCUUCGAACAGUCCGUGCUUACAAAACAGAAAAACAAAACAAAAAAAAAAUCGUGGGGGUGGGGUCGGGGGAAGGGUAGGGAAGGGAUGGUUUAUUCGCAAAAACCAUGUCGUUGGGAAUUUCGUGCUGUUUCGUCCUUGCUUGGUGUCCGUACGCGGCGGGGGCGGGGGUGGGGGGCGGGGGGCCUCCACCGUGACAGCAGGAGCUGCGCGCGCCGGCGGCCGCAGUGUCCCGCUCCGUUACCAAAGAGACCUCUGGUGCAGGCCUGCCGUCCCGACGGGCCGGGGCCCCGCGGCGCUCGCUCGCGCGCUCAGUCACGAGCCAUGACGCCGGGGACCCAGAUGCUUUGUGCUUCUUACUCCGCUUCUGAGACCAGGGUGUGUGUGGCUUCGCUUCCGUGGCGUGUCUGGUGCGGCCCGCGUGCGCACGUCUACUUGAAGAGAACAGAGAACUGUCGCGUCUGAUUUGCACUAUUGGAGGAGGGCUCGAGUUGCCUGCCUGACAACUUGACGUGAGAUGCUAGUACUCUGAGGGCAAACUGCUGAGAAACAAAGGGUUUAAGGAUGACAUUUCUGACCAUUUGUGUGUUUUGGGUUUUUUUUUUUUUCUGUUGUUUUUGUUCUUUUAAUUUAGACAAAACAGCUUUGGAAGGGGAAGUCUCAUACAGGUUAUCGGUCUUUCUCUCUAGAUUUCAGGUGCUCGCAACUGGACUGCAGACUCUACCUGUCACGGGCAUUGUACUUUCCUGAACACUGCAGUUUGUGAGACUAGAGCUGAGGUUGGAGGAUUCUAUAGUGCUUUCAACGUGAUGCGUGUUUUAAUGGAGAAAAAUAGCUGGUUUCUAUGAACUGUGUAGAUAGUGAACAAGAACCUUACUCCUUACUAGCUUCUUUUCGGAAUUAGUUUAUUUUUGUCAGUUACAGUCCUAGAUCCACUUACUGCUGGUACAGUGCUACUCUGAGAUUUGUGUGUGUCCCCCCUGCGCGGGGCCGGCGGGCCCUGGGGCCGGGCAGCCGAGCCGCUGGGUCAGCCGCCGCGCACGACGCUGGAGUUUUCGCCACGGGCUGACGUUGGGUCCGUGCGCCCCUGUCAGCUUAGGACUCGCUCCCAGGGGAGGCGGGGUUUGCGUCUUCCCGCUUCCCUCCGGGCAGAAACUGCUCCCUUUCAACCCUCUUGGCUGAGCAGCAGAUUCCUGACAAUCUGUGAUAUGGUAUUUUGUGUGCUUCCUUGUACGCUGGGGCCAAGGCAGUAUACAUUCCUCUGACUUUAUACAGUUAUUACUGCAUUUAUUAUCGUUUGCUAGAGUAAUAGCUACUAACUAGGAAUUAGGCAAAGAAGAAAGCAUGACGGACACAGCUGUGGAUGUCCCACAGCUGCUGCUCUUUUUUUUGUUAAACGUACAUUUCUAUCCCCCCCCCACCACCUCCCCUCCACCGUGCGACAUUCCAGCCUCACCCACCCGAGGGCUUCAGAAGACACCUGCCCGGGUGACCCAGGCUUGACCACCUCCCCCGUGAGGCAACUGUGGACUUGCGUGAGCCCUCAAGGCUGGUUUCCGGUGUAAGAAAAAGACAAGUUAGUUGGUUAAUUCUGCAAAUUGUCCCUGGGCAGGAAGGUCGGCCGACUGGCCCUUGCCGUGGCCACAGGGUGGCCGGAGGGCUUUGAAAAGACGACAGAAAGAAGCCCUUCUCCUCUCGCCCCUGCACACACUUCACUCCCACUUAACUGGGCUUCCAGGCUUUCGCGUUCAGGCCCCUAUAUUUUCUGUAGGAAGAAAUCAGUGAGAACACUUUUUUUAUAUAGGUAACUUUAAGACCAUCGUUACGCUGUGCGUAAAGAAUGUACAGAGAAAUUUGUAGGUAUUUUUUGAAGAACAAUUAAUUUGUUAAUGAUAUGUAGCUAUUUAAUUUCCCCUUUCCUAUUGUAAUCAUUUUUUUUUUGUCGUUUGGAAAAAAAAGUUGAUCUUUUUUUUUUUUUUGUCGUAGAUUUGUCUGUAAAAGUGCAGGAACACAGUUAUUCUAUGAGAACACUGCAUCUGCCUUAAUAGCCACUAGUUUGUUAUUGCUACAGGCUACUGAGCGUUCACAGGAAAACAACCCCACUGCCGGCGGGCUCUGUGAAGAGCGGCCCCUCCGGCGGCCGAGCGUCUGGCCGCGAGCGAGGCCGUGGAGGCCGGUCGUCGCUUGGGCAGGGGCGGCCUGGGGCGCAGGCCUAUCUGGGAUAGGCGGCGGCCUGGCGGGGCGCCGGGCACGCGGGGAGCUGCGAGCCAGACAUUUCACUGGGAAGGGCCGCGCUCCCUGGCCCCGGGAGGAGCACAGGGAGGCCCUCGCAGAGCCCCGCCGCCGCGGCGCGUUCUGACCGUUCUCCCCAUGUCUGUAAAUGUGUAUAAUAUACCGUUCUCUGUGGCCUGUUUUCCUGGAAGAAGAAAAAAAAGGUUUGGCAGGCCAUCUUUUUUUUUGUACUUAAAAGUAGCCUUAAGAACAAUAAUAAAGUGCUCUUAAAUCACA